GUUUGUGCCACUUGUGCGUCACCGAGUGCGCACGGCGCCCUGCCUGUUGCUGCUGGAGGAGAAGCUGCGCAUUCACACUCACAUUCAACAGGCAAUGAAUGACACUUCACAGCAUCAUCCACAGUUUCAGCGCGCUAUAUUAGUUUCACACUCAAAGUUGCGGCGCGGUUCCAGACUGGGAUCUUGGAGAGGAUGCACUUUUUCUUCUGUCUUUCUUAGCGGUGAUUAACUUAUGCGCCAUGGAGCCUCCAUCCUCUCCCAACUCUCCGGCUUCUGCGGUUAAAUCAAACUAGACUAGAGAGCUCCACUACAUUCGGGGGAAGGCAGAGGAAGGAUGGCAUCUCCACAGAACGGAUCCAACAUAACGACGAACUACACCAACCAGUUCGUGCAGCCGCCGUGGCGCAUCGCUUUGUGGUCGAUUGCGUACAGCUCCGUGCUGGCGGUGGCGGUGUUUGGAAACCUCAUCGUGAUAUGGAUCAUUCUUGCCCACAAGCGCAUGAGGACGGUGACCAACUACUUUCUGCUAAACUUGGCGUUUUCGGACGCGUCGAUGGCCGCGUUCAACACUUUGAUAAACUUUAUCUACGCUGCGCACGGGGACUGGUACUUCGGGGAGGCGUACUGCAAAUUCCACAACUUCUUCCCGGUCACAUCUGUGUUUGCGAGCAUCUACUCCAUGACUGCCAUAGCUGUGGACAGGUAUAUGGCCAUCAUCCACCCUCUGAAGCCUCGUCUGUCAGCGAAGGUCACCACGGGUGUCAUCAUAUGUAUCUGGAGUCUGGCUGUGGUUCUGGCCUUCCCUCUCUGCUACUACUCCACCAUCAAAGCUCACCCCAGCAGGACCAUCUGCUAUGUGGCCUGGCCUCGCAAGGCAAAAGACACGUUCAUGUAUCAUAUCAUAGUUACCGUUCUGAUCUACCUGCUGCCCUUGGUGGUGAUGGGCAUCACUUACACCAUCGUGGGGGUGACGCUGUGGGGAGGUGAGAUCCCAGGAGACUCAUCUGAUAACUAUCACGGACAGCUCCGGGCUAAAAGGAAGGUGGUGAAGAUGAUGAUCAUUGUGGUGAUGACCUUUGCCCUCUGCUGGCUGCCGUAUCACGUCUACUUCAUUGUGACGGGUCUCAACGUGCUUCUGAGCAAGUGGAAGUACAUCCAGCAGGUGUACCUGUCAGUAAUGUGGCUGGCGAUGAGCUCCACCAUGUACAACCCCAUCAUCUACUGCUGCCUCAACAGCAGGUUUCGAGCUGGAUUCAAACGAGCAUUUCGCUGGUGCCCGUUCAUCAAGGUGUCCAGCAACGACGAGCAGGAGCUACGCUCCAUGCGGCAUCAGCAGACACGCCAGAGCAGCACAUACACGCUGUCACGCAUGGAUACCACCGUGGUGGUGGUCUACGACCCCACUGAAGGCGAUGGCGUAGCUGGAGGUGGCCCUGGUACGAAGCACUCCCUGCCCACAAGGAAGAGAAGCUACAUGACGUCUCGCCACACAGAGAUCACUGGCUGCGAUGGUAACGGUGUGAAAAUGCAAAAUGGAAGCGCUCCAAACGCUCAGCCUGAGGAAUUCUCCUGAAGAGUUCCAGACAUGCAUGCAGCAGAGUAUUCACAUGUUUAAAGGUGUAUACACAUGCAUAAUACACUGUACAUACAGCAGUGCACAUGGUGUUCGCUUAGCUUAGACAUAAAGGCACUGUAUAAAGGCAGACGGGGUUACUUCAGCAUGUAGAGAAGUUUAAACUCGCGUCCCAUCAAUGUCUCUCUACAUUAAUGAAACACUGUAAGAAGCUGUUCUUACUUCAGUGAAACAUUUAGCUGUGAUUGAGCAUUUAAACACUGCCAGUGUGUUUGUUGUGGUCUAACUAAAUUUCUAUUAUGGAACUAUGGUCUAGUUUGCAUUUCCAUCUGUUCUAACUGUGAACUUUAUGUGCCACAGAGGAUGUGCUGUGUAUCAUUCAUUUCCCCCUGCAGCCACAGACUAGCGACUACAGCAUCACCAAUGGAAUAGCUGCUGAUUGAACUCUGUUUGGGUCCAUAUGUGGCUCUUAGUUUGACUUUGGGUUAUGUAACUGUUGCAACAAACAUUUCCUGGUGACUGACUGAAAGCCAAGCCAGAGGUGAAAUCCAGUAUACAUUCUCAGCCUGUCAAUAAACAGGCUGGGAAUGAGCUCACUGCAGGCAAACUGGCCACCUAGGAGCUAGUGUGUCAGUGCCGCUUGCAUUUUUAUGUUUUCAACUAAGCAGAGGGAAAAAAAACAGAGAAAGUUGAACGGUGAAAGUCCAUUAGCUGCUUUAAAUGCCUUUCUACGAUGUGUAAUCAGAGAACACAUCGGUUUUGGCAGCUGUUGGGGUUUCGAGAAUGUUUUUCGUGUGUUGCAUCCCUGCUUGUGUGCACCUUAAGUGUUAGGUUUACACCAAGCAGCACACUAGACAAUGCCAGAUUGAUUAGUGGAACCAUGCUGACUCAGUACACAGCAGACACAGACAAAAACAUGAGUACGGCUGAGAAAAACUUUACUGUAUGUGUUGAUAGGUGUUGUUGCAAUAGUUUUGUCUGUUUUAAAUUAAAUUUUAAAAAUGUAAAAGUCUUGAGCACUUGCAUAGUCACAGUAAAGGCUAUUCUGUUUAAACAUUUAUAGAUUGUUUCAGAUGUAUAGUUUCACAUCUAUAUUCCUUGGUAAUUGACAUAUUGCAGUUUGUCACAUUAUAAAGAAAAUACAUUCCUACAACUGUGUAUAUAUAUAUAUAUAUAUAUAUAUACACAGACACAGUACCAUUUAAAAGUUUGUUUUCACUUAGAAAUGUCAUUAUUUUUGAAAGAAAAGCAGCUUUGUUCAAUGAAGAUAACAAUAAAUGAAGUCUAGAUGUUGUUAAUGUGGUAAAAGACUAUUCUAGCUGGAAAUGGCUGAUUUUUAAUGUAAUAUACAUGGGAUACCAAGCCCCAUUCCCAACAACAACCUGUGUUCUAAUGGUACACUGUGUUAGCUAGUCGCAUUGAAAGACUUAUUGAUAAUUAGAAAACCCUUGUGCAUAUAUGUUAGCACAUGAAAAAAAGUGUGAGUUUUCAUAGAAAACAUGAUUUUUUUUCUUUUGAAUGGUAGUCUAUAUGGAAUAAUAACAUGAAAUACAUAAAUUCCAGCCAUAAAACCAUAAGGUAAUGGUCUUUAUUGUUCCUACCAACAGUUUUGAAUGUCAGGAGACCUCAUGAAAGUAUUUACUUAAGAAUGUGAAGAAAUACAUGUUGUGCAUGUCAGUGUUAUGCAUUAUUUAGCUAUUUCCUAUUCGUUUUAUUAAAGUUGGUUUAACUAUUUGUAUGUGGUGAACAAGCCAUGUUCAUCUUUCUCUAUAUAAAUAUGUUUGUUUGAAUGUAUAGCACAAUGUGUGCCUCUCUCUGUAAAGUGUAAGCUAUAUUGUUUGUUGUGUCUAAAGGAUAAGUAGUUCAUUUCAGCCUGAGCCUUGUUUCUCUUUUUCUGUUUUUUCCCUCAUUCUGUCACUAUAAUACACUAAAAUUGACUCACUACACUUUUACUUUGCAGGAAAUGCUUCUUUCUCUGCUCUUUUUCUAAAAGACUCAGGGUGAAAAAACUAUUUUGUCCUUUAAUAACUAUAUGACUCUUAUUGCUGGCAAAUCACAAGUAUAGUAGUAAUUUCAGAUGAGGAAUUGUCGUAACUCUUUGUCAUUGAUGAUCGUAAUUUUACAAUUCUAUAUCAUGUUUCUUAUAAUUAUUAAUUAUUCUUAAGCCAACAGGUUUUCCAUUGCUCUGCACUGGUCAGUACUGAUGUAUGUGUUUAAUGUCACUUUACUGCAGCUGUCUUCACAGUAUCAUGAGUGUUUACAAGUGGCAUGACCUGCUUUUGGUGAAAUGUGGCUGUAAUAUGUUGCUUUUUUUUGGUUGACAAAAGAAAAAACAAAUAAGCAACAGUGGGUUUUUUUGUGGUAGUCAUCAGAAACAGCACAGGUAAUUGUGACAAUCCACAACUUUUCAACAUCUUUAUUUACACUGAUCAGCCACAACAUUAAACCACCCGAACAAGAAAAGUACCCAGAGGGCGCAGUACUCUACCAAGUCCGCUCAGCCAUUGUAUCAUUUCAGAUAGAUUAAAUCUUUAAUAAAAAAAAUGACCUUGCACUAAGUAAAAGUGUGUGUUAGGCAUGUGUACGUUAUGUAGGGACACAAAAUCACAAGACCUAAAUAUGUAGCGGGCAGCGAGAAUUGAUGGGACUUGGAAACACCCCCACAAUUUAACGAGUUGUUCCUUGUAUCAUUUCCAAUGGAUAAGUCUGAUAAGUCCAGAGUGGUCAAUUUGUAGUAGGAUUACAAUCAUGUGAUCAUCAGCAGGCAGCUGAUGUAGUGUUCACAUGUUGUCAUAGUUACAGUGACGCCGUGUUGCUACCUCACAAUGAUAUGGAAAUCUUUAACAAAUCCAUGGAUCCGGACUAUCAGCUGCAUCACUGCCAAAAUCUAAUCAGUUGGUCCUUGUGUUAUUUCUGACCUUCCCUGAAAAUUUCAUCUAAAUCCAUCCAUUUUUGAAUAAUGUUGCUAACAGACAGACAAGCAGACAAACCAACAUGAUCGAUUACUCCACCAAGGAUUGUGGCAGAGUAAUCAAUCAUGUCAUAACUAAAUAGGGAUGGGAGUCGAGUUGAGAACUGGUUCUAAAGUUCUAAAUUUCACUUGUCCGAAUCAUCUGCCUCCGAAGCGGUUUAUUUUCUCUAACUGAUGCUAAAACAUUUUCUCAAACUCUGAACACUGUGCUGCUGGAAACUUGCAUCUAAAAGGAGUCAGAGGAAGAACUGGUCCAAAAUGUGGCUUCAUUUCAUGACAGUGCCAGUUGUAAUGUCCGUAAAUAGUCAAGUAAAAUGGAACGGUUGCAGUAGGUUGAAACUUUUUCUACGAAACAUUAGCUUGAAUUCCAGAAUAGUUUACUUUUGAGUAAUGUUGCUAACAGACAGAUAGACAGACGUAUGCCAAUUGUUGGCGGAGUGACAACGUUGUGUAGUUCUUCUUCAUGCUGACAAAACAGCACUAAUCUAUUGGGGAAUUAACUCUGCGGUGUCUGGUAUUGGGACGUUGGCUGGAGACUCUUUGGGUUCUGUAGGUUGUGUUGGGUGGGACCUCUGUGGACGGGUUAGUUCAGGCGCAUUUCACAAAAACUCGAUUACACUGGGAUGUGGGGAUUUUGGAAGCCAAGCCAAAACCUUGGGCACUUUAUGCAGUGUUUCUCAAGCUGUUCCUGAGGAUUUUUAGUGAUGUGAUGGGUGUAUUGUGCUUCAUCUGCAACAGUGCUUCGGUGGGUGGUACAUAACAGAGCAACCAAGUUUUCCCAGCAAAGCAGUGCAUUAAAACAUCAACGUUAUUCCCUUUAGUGUUGUGGCUGAUCGUGUCUGUUCUUAAUUUUAUACUAUUUAGUACAGAUUCAACCGUGUAAAAGUAAAUUGCGUUCAUGUUUCUGGCAGUUAGGUUGACUACAUCUUAAAAUAACAUUUAGAUUUUGCAGUUAUAGUUUUCUAUGUCAUAACUUCUCCUAAAUCUAAAAUAAUUUUCAUAUUGACUCCUGCCCAGCUGGUAUAUAAAACACUUUACAUGCACUUUUGUAAGCCGAAAAGCAGAAAUGCACACCAUAUCAGCAGAGAAAAUGAGACAAGAAGAAUCCAACUAAUAACUACUACUGCCUUACAGAGAUUCAACAGACCAUAAAGCAUGAUUGACACUGUACACAUAAUCCUUACCACUGCUCUCUAGAUGUCAUCACUGCACCUCAUAGAUCCCCUUCAGCCACUGAACAACAGCUCACUUUUUUUAUUUUGUGUUUUCAGAUCACCUGUCAGACCAAUAAAAUGCAGUGCGAUGUCCACUCAUCACCAAAGAAAUCAUUAAAACUAAGAAAUGUUGUGGAUUCUGGCAUCAGUUUGACCUCUGAUGAAGUGCCAAUGUGUGUUGUUUCUCUGUUAUGCUAUAAAGGAUGUUUAAUAAACCACUACAAAUUCA